CAUUUGUACCCGUGCUGGAAAAUGUAAUGGUUUGGCGUGACUUUCAACAUUCAUAUUCAUACGUAUUUGGUGAUUGUGCAAGAGAUUUACCUAAUCAGGUUAAAUUUUUAACCCUCCAAUUUAGUCCUGAUCAGAUAUAUCCUUCAUUUGAGAACCCAACAGAGAUGCAGAUGUUCAGAAAUCUUAGGAACUUAAGCUUGAGACUUGUGACCAGUCAUGCGAUUGUAGAGAUAUUUGAACUAUCUAGACUCUUGGGUGAUUUUCCUCUGCUCCAAUCUUUGACUUUCGUGGUGAUUAAGCUUCCGAUAACUAGGGAGAUAAGAAGAAGGUGGUCUCCAUCUCCUACACGUGACACUGAACUAAAACAGGUGACAUACGGUGGAUUUAAUGGAUUAGACACCGAGAUGGAGUUUGUUCUUUAUAUUCUAAGAUGUGCAGUAGUUCUUGAGAAGGUGUUUCUCAGCCUUGGAUAUAAAAAUGAUUUCUCUUUAGAGCAGAAAUCGGUAUUGAACCUUUCAUUCGAUGAAGAAAAACGCAACUUAAUCCAACAGCAACUACAUGGACAAGCCAUCUCUGAGAAAGCUACAGUGAUCAUCCAAUAAAUACUCUAUUGGAAAUAACGGAUUUGCGUACGAACUACUUUUCCUAGACCUCACAUGUACCUAUAAUACAGCUCUGUAGUCAUUAGGGGUCUGUAAGUGUGUAGAGUUUACGGUAGUGCCUAUCUAUUUGUUACUUUUUAAGGAUUGUGUACAUUCUACGCUUCUUAAAUCCAACAUGUUUAUGGUGCCUCAAUUACCAUUAUUUGCCAUAUUGUUUCUUGAUAUCUGCCACAACUGGUUCAUCGACAGGUCGAUCUCUAGGACCAACCCUCUCACAAGUUCAUCGACGGUCUGGUCAGUCUUGAAUCUUGAUGAUGUUCGAAAUCCAGAUGGUUUUAUGCAAAAACCUAAAAGUUUGUUGGAGAAGCUAACCAAGUUGUGGACAAGCUAACUUAUGAAGAAGAGGUUUUCAUGGAUCUUAGCUCUACCUAUCUUGGAAAUAGAGAGGCUAUUUUCAAUAGAUCGUCGACUUGCGGAAAACAUAGAAAUAUGUGUUUAACAAAUCAGUCAAAAGUUACACGAAUUAUAAACUAUAAACUGUAAAGUGAUGUAACUAAGUCAAGUGCAAGUCAUCUUUUCAAUAUCAUUUACUAUAA